GGCUCAAUCUACAAGUAGAACUACAUCAAUCGUGGUCGCCCACCAUCUGAUGUACGAUUUCUGUAGCCGUUUUUGUGAACAAUUUCUACAAGAAAAAGCAUCUGUUUCAUCUUUUUGGAUUUAUUGUGUGAACAGGCCCUCCCUGUCCCUGUAACGAUCUUCUAGUUUAUUUGGCACACAGUUGGGUGCAUCAUCACAAACACAACUGCUGUUCACUUGUUUUCCUCAUGAUUUUCCUACUUCAUCUACAAACGCAAGAAGCCUAACGUUGCUCAUUACCGUUCUCGCAACCGAAGACCCUAUAUGGCUCUACUAUCAGGCGUAAAAUUUUUCGCGCAUUACAAAUCAAUCCCAGUAAGAACAAACAAGACCGCAGCGACGACGUCGAGCACAGCACGAACAAAAUGUUGGGCAUGGGCAGCAGCCAGUGGAUGGACUUGUUCCUGCGCAUUGGGUUUUUCAUGUUCAUCCUCCCUACCCUAGCCGCCUUCGUUCCCAACCUGGAUCCUUUUCUCUGGGUCUUGAUCGGCCUCGGCCUCAUUGUCGUUUACCAGCAGCUUUUUCCAGCACCCCUAGGUGCUGCUGGUGGUGCGCCGCAGGGCACGCAUCGAGACUGAGGACGAACAUUUUAUUUGGUGGUGCGAUAACACAGAGUAAAAAACACCUCGACUUCGCUCUCCCCGUCCCAAGCCAAUCGGGAGUCAUCUCGCCGGCCGGGAAAAAACAAUUGACACCUGCCUCUUUUUGUACCCGUUGUAGUUGUUGACUUUCACCAACUGCAAAGAUGGGCCGCGACCGGGAGGACCCCCGUUAUUGCCUGCGCAAGGCGGAGGAGGCAUAUGCAUUGCAAGAGUGCAACAUCGUACUUUCUGGUAAUUGCAACACGAGCAGGACAUCAGAUUUCAUUCAAGUUUAUGAAAACUCGAUUUUUGAGUUUGAAAUUCUGCUGAAAUUUAUGAACCAAACUGAAGAACGCCAAGGUUUUGGUUCUGCUGCUUACUAGAAGUACUCGUACGAUGCCCUUAUUUCAGACGAUACAGUCGCGGCAACCUCGAUUUGGAAGUGGACUGCGGACCAUUUCGUCGCCGCCAGCCAGUACGAACACGCCGCGAAGGGGUUUUUCGCCGAGGAAGACUACAACAAGGCGCGGACGUGUUGGGAAAAGAGCGCUUACCACCGCGAGAACGACGGCGACGGCUACGGGGCGGCGCGCGCGUACGAGGAGGCCGCGAAGAUUUCCCUGGAUAAAUUAGGAGACCUGGAUGCCGGGCUGCAGCGGAUGGACGCAGCGCUCCAAGCGUACACGCAACGCGGCAAGGAGGAGGCCUGUUGCCGACUGGGCGUGAAGAAGAUCGAGCUACUCACGAAAGCCGCUGCCCCGGCGGCGCACAUCAGCCAGGCCUUCGACGAGGCGAUAAACAUCCACAAAAGGUUCGAAAAAUGGUACCCGUUGGGCGAGCUGUUGACGAAGUAUGAAAAUUUUCUCACGUUGGAGCUGCGAAGGGAGGCCCACAAGCAGGAGCGCGUGCAGCGGGUGGCCAGAAUAUGCGAGGUCUUUUUGCUUUAUUCAGUACUAGGCCGCUAUUUUUGUGAUGGUUACAAUGCAGGAAGAAGAACAUAUUUUUCAUAUUCAAUUUCAAUGCAUAAUGAAAGAGGACCUGAUAGAAUUUGCAUUUGGAUUUCUCCUUUUGUACACACACCGUAGGUUCUCGACGAGCACAUAAAAAACCAGUCGCGGGUCAAGCAAGGCGCCGGCCCGCAGCUCCUUGCCAAGGUGAUCAUCACGCUCGCAAUGACGCAGGACGUUGUGCGCGUGAAGCUUUUCCUACCAACUGCAAAUAUAUCAACCUCCGUCUACAAGAAAACAGACAGAGGACACUUGGCAUGCAGUAUGGCUAUGUGCAUCUUCUGCGCGAUGCCUUCGCGUCUGCAAUGCACAGAGAGCAUGACGUGUUGUUCUGUCUCUCCUGUCGUGCUGGCGUCUCCAUGCCGAGUCUACUGCGUGAGACAUGCCUUUUCGACGUCUUGGAGACAACUACAAUCACGCAUCUUCUGGCGCUGACUGUGCAACACAAAUUUUGGCCUCUUUGUCUUUCGGAACUCGCAUGAGAAGCUUGCAUUCUUCUGGACCCAGAUGACGUAUUUGCAAUGCAUAUUUCCUGGAAGAAACCAACAAUUGGACAGAGGACAUGUACCGCGGGCCGAACCUCGUGGAGCUUGGGUUUCAGUUCUACGACGCCUACGUAUCAGAGUGCACAACUCCCCCACGCGUCCCUCGUUUGUCGUGCAAAAUACCAAAUCCACUCUUCUGUAUGUUGGGCUGUCGCGCUCGGCUAGCUGGCCGGGCUGUACUGAUCAGGUGUGGUGGGUAGCUCCCGACUGGUUGGUACUUUUCUUGGGGCGACUUGCCGUGGUAGCGCUCGGCUUUUGUAUGAUGAGGUCGCCGAAAGUGCUUCCUCGUCCACCCCCCGGGGAGGGGAUCCUUGACCUGUGGUGCUGGGAGCGGGUGUCCACUACAUGAUGAUGAUGAUGCACUCCUUGCCUCUUAGUCUUAGAACCAUACGCAUGAUCAAGAGAGGCUUCCUUAGCCCAAUGGGCGCUACUACAGUCUAGACGUGGAUUUGUCAUGCGGAAGUCCUCACAAUUCAGCCACUGCUUAUGCAGUUGCUGUUCAUUCAAGUGAGCGGAACGAGGGAGAGUUGCCCAAUUUCAUAUUACGACUCCCGCGACGCGAAAAAGCUGGAAAAGUUGAAACAGCGGCAGACGCUGACAAUGCUGCCCCUGGAGAUCUGCAAACUGGUGCAAAAGAUGCAACUGGUGGGGGGAGGCAAGGUGGAAACCGGGCUCAGCGACUUCGUUGACUCGAAGGGAAACCUGCGGAGCGGGAAUGAACCAAAGAGCACUUCGCCGCGGAGCGGGAAUGAACCAAAAAGCCAUAAACAUCAUCGGGGCGGCCACAUCAGCCCAAGAAGCCAGAGUUCACGAAGUAUGCGAAGUGGGGAGUCGGACGGACCAGACCUGUCAUAGCAUGACACAAGAGCAAUUUCUGUUUUUCCAUGCUGCAAGCGACGCGUCCACGAUGUCCAUCUGAACUUGAGAAGAAGUAAAGCGCAGUUUUAUUUGUACGCUGUAGUGCGACUAGGACAAAUGAAAGAAGAAGAUGAAGAACACCCAUACGAGAAACCUCUGCAAAGAAGAUGGCGAUCACCGCUCCUGCUGAAGUCAUUCAGCAUAAGUUUGAAAUAGACUGAAAACUACGCUUCGCAAAAACGAAAAAAAAAAAAUGAGGAAAAAAGAAAAACUUCACAGCAUGCG